CACAUUGAUCCACUUUGGUUGUCCUCGGCAAAUGUAAGCGAGCGGGAGAUGGAUGCUGGCUCGACCACAGGCGACAGCACGGAUGCGAUAGUGAUGGAUGAUUCUUCUACAGAAGAAAGGGACACCCAAGAGGCUUAUCACAGCGGGAUCCCGGUGCUGUCGCUGUGCCCUCCCGACAGCGUGUAUCCGGAACAGACCGAUCUGAAUGCCAUCCAAGCCGAUCGGGAGCUUUGUGACAGCUACAGCAGCCUCGAUGGACCCUCUUCAUCCUGCCAGCUUUAUCACCAAGUUCCUCAGGGUCAAGUUGAGCUCAGUAAAUGCCCCCACUGCAGCCCAUACGAUGCACUCGAGGCAAGCGCGUGUUGCGAGUCAAACAGCACCAGCGGCGCUCACACAGGAGCAAGUGGGGCGGUGCGAGUGGGCCACAGCUGUAGUUCAACCCAUCAACGUUCUCACCAGAACGUUGCGAUGGACUGCCAUUGGCUGCAUGGAUCCAGUGAAGGUGGCGCACAGAGACCGACGCAGCAGCACGUGGUAACACUUGGGGACGGAGGACUUGACUGCUUUGUGAGAAAUUAUUCCCAGAUGCUGGUGAACUACCCGUUCGAGGUUCUCCUGGGAUGUGCGUUGCUGCUACUCGGAUGCUCUCUGGCCGGCCUCCUCAUUGGACCGCUGCCAGACUUCUCCGAGCCUCUGCUGGGCUUUGAGCCACGAGGAACAAACAUCGCAGUUCGCCAAUCCAGCUUGUCCAAGCUGCAGGAGAACACUGGCCCGGGGAAACCAUUGUCUCUUUUGCCACAGCAGCUCAGCAAAAGCCGUGGAGAUGUCGUCCACAACACUACUGGAUUUCGAUUCAAGAGGAUGCUAGCCAGAGACUCGAGUUCAGAGUCAUUCCUCUGCGACGCACCUGGCGAGCAUUUGGCGCAACUCGUGUUCCGCUCAGAAAGCUCAGCCAGUCUCUGGAGCCUGAAGGCCAUCCAUGCCAUGUGUGAGAUGGAGCAAUCCCGGAUACGCUCCAAGGCUCCGUUCCAGGAUGUGUGCCAGCAACAUAUGAGAGGCGAGGCUGAGAUGGCAUCAAGAAGCGGCUGCUGUCCCAGCUGGUCCCUGGGAAAUUACUUAGCCGCCCUCACGAACGCCUCCUUCUGCCUUGACCUCACCGCACAACAGGUCUCGGAGGCGCUUCACCUCCUCCGCAAGUGUGCGCCGUACUACCAUGAUGGACAUCUAGCGGAGGUCUGUUUUCAGAGACCCAAACGUGGCAGCUGCUCUUCUGUCCCGUCACGCUGCAAACAGUCCCGCAUAGUGUUCCAAAUCUUGCACUUCCUGGUUGAUAAAGAUUUCCUUGGACCGCAGACGGCCCAGUAUCAGAUUCCCACCCUCAAAUACAGUCUUCUCUUUCUACCGGUGGAAAAGGGGGAACGCAUGUUGGAGAUCUACAUGAGGAGUCUAAAGGGAAGAGAUCUGACGUAUAAGAACACGACGAUCACCGGCAUGGACCUCGGAAUCAAGCAAACACUGUUCAAGUAUUAUCUCGCAAGAGACUCGGUGUUCCCCAUUCUCGCAAUCAUUUCCCUUCUGAUCACAAUGGCUCUCUAUCUUCACUCUCUCUUCAUGGUGGCAUUAUCUGCGGUAGCAAUCAGCGGGUCCCUCCUCACUUCCUAUUUCCUCUAUAAAGUAGCAUUUCGCCUGACUUUCUUCCCACUCGUUAACCUCUCGGCGGCGCUUAUUCUCCUGGGAAGCUGCUCCAAUCAUGUUUUUAUCUUUGCAGACUUCUGGAAUAUGCAGCUGUCCCAGAAGCCCUCGGCGGCCUUGGAGAAGAGAGUACACAGGGUUUUGCAGGAAAUGGGCUAUUUGAUAUUAGCUUCGGGGUUGACUUCCAGCGCAGCAUUUUGCUCCGGUUAUCUCAGCAGCAUCACGGCUAUCAGAUGCUUUGCGGUUUAUCUUGGAACCGCCUCGUUUAUUAGUUCCCUCUUGGCACUCGUGUGGCUGCCGUGCUCUUUUAUCUUGCGUGAACGUUACACGGAAGCAUCCGCUCGACCGCCGGGGUGGAAGCGCUGUUGUGUCAAAAAGCCAGGAGGCUUCUGGGAUGCGGGCUCACGCAAGCGGUUCCUUUUCACAUGUGGGCAGAAGCUGAGAGCACUAAAACGAGGUCUCGCUGACACGUCCAAUUUAGUGUUCCUCAAAAUCCUGCCUUGCGGAGUGGUCAAAUUCCGAUACAUCUGGGUGUGCUGGUUCGCUGUGCUGGCUGCGGGUGGCACUUACAUGUCCUGCUUUGAUCCAGGAAUGAAGCUGCCGACACUCGACAGCACAAUCACGCAGCUCUUCCGUUCCAGUCACCCAUUUGAGCGAUACGAUGCGGAAUAUCGUCACAUGUUUAUGUUUGACCGACAGAUGAACGGGGAAGAUCGGCCCGUGACAGUGACGCUCGUUUGGGGCAUCAAAGCCACCGAUAACGGCAAUCACUUCAACCCAAAAAGUAACGGCUCUUUGGUGCUCGAUCCUGACUUUACAAUGAGUCGAUCUCACGCUCAGGUUUGGUUGAGGGACCUGUGCGGACAUGUGCAAAACCAAAGUUUUUACUCUGCGCCUUCCCCUGGGGACAAAGAAGCCAUGACAGAUAAUAUCUGUUUUGUGGAGCAGCUCUUGCAUUGGGUCUCUCUCAGAAGGUGCGCGGGGAGUGACGUCACGCUCCAUAUUUGCUGUAACAAUGUCACGUUCCCUUUCCCUCCUCGUGUUUUUGAGAAGUGCCUGAGCAUGAUGUUGGCGGAGAGGCACGCCGAGGGCCAUUUGACACAUGGCGGCGGGGUGUACUUCCAGCCAGAUGGUCGGAUUGCCGCCCUCGUGGUGGCAUUCAAAACCACAUACCGCUACAGCUUCAACUUCAGCCAAACAAAAGUUUUCUACAGAGAAACCCUGGCGUGGUUUAACAAAGAACUAUCGGGGGCGCCGGCAGGGUUGGAAAACGGCUGGUUCAUCAGUCAGCUGUCUCUCUUUGACCUACAACAAGCACUGAGCUCGGAGAUGUUGCUGGUAGCUGGCACUUCGGUGUCUCUUACGUUUGUUUUGCUGCUCUUAACCACCUGCAAUGUUCCCUUAAGCCUGUUUGGCACGGUGGCAGUAGGUGGCAGCGUGUUCGUUACUGUCGGACUCCUGGUUCUCCUGGAGUGGCAACUGAGUGGCAUCGAGGCUCUCCUCAUCUCAUCCGCAGCCGGGUUAUCUGUUGACUUUGUGGCCAACUAUUGUAUGUCCUAUUGUUUUGCACCGCACUCGGACAAAAUCGGGAAAGUAGCGCAUUCGACUAAAAGGAUGGGCUGUCCUGUAGCAAUAGUUUCUGGCGCAUUUUUCUGUACCGGGAUCAUCAUGCUGCCUUCGACAGUCUUGCUCUUCAGGAAAUUGGGAAUUUUCUUGUUUUUGGUGAAAUGCGUAGCAUGUGGAUUUGCAACCUUCUUUUUCCAGUCACUGUGCUGCUUUUUUGGCCCUCAGAAAGGACGUGGGAGAAAUCCAGUCCCGUGUUUGUCGGACCCGUCUGGGGGAAUGUUGUCAUAUUGUUCAGGAGCAGAACCGGGCCACGUGUCUACUCACGGGGCCUUAGGAGGAGCAAGCGCAAAGCAAACUUGUGACAAAGACACGGGUUGUUACCUCUACCCAAACCAACAGAGCCUGAAACAGACGGGAACAGGAGGUGGGGUCAGGGGGCCAGAGCAAUACGAGCUGCAGCCUUUGGCCUAUCGACUGAGUGACAGCUUUGAGAACAGCACUUGCACAAGUAAGCUGUCCAAUAGGCCGUCCGUGCUCUCUGAUGAGAUUGAGUAUUGUGGCAGGGAUGCAUCCUUGGAUGGGGAAAGUGGGGACGUGUGUCGUCGCCAAGCGCCUCCAGCUCUGCAGACUUCAUCACCAUACAAAGAGAACCCAACGCGAUCCGUAUGCCUGGCAAAAGAUGACAUGACCAGUGGCAAGAGGCUCUGCAAAACCUGCCAAAAUCGUUCUAAUACGCUGCAGCAGUGGACCAAUCAAACAUUUUCAUCCUCCUCCAGCAUGGAUGAAACUGUAGUUAGCCACACACUGGAGACCACUGACCAGCCAUGUCUGUGCGCAGAGGAUCAAAUCACAGAAGAAAGAAUCCUUCAGCCCUCCUCGCAGUCUCUGAGCUCCUGCGAGUUUCUGGAUGACUCCAACGAAACAUGUUUGAGUGAUAUUGAACCGGGGUCUUCCAAUGCCCAGCAAAGCGUCGCAGAAGCUCAGUUACAACCGGGACACCUGAAUGGGAAGAGAGACACUCUGCGUCUUUCACUCAAAGAGACAGUUUAUGAGAUGGGCGGUAAAGGUCGGAGCAGUCAGACUGAGGAAAUUGUUAUUUUACCCAACAGUAAGCCAGACCUCCCGGAUGUUUGGAUAAAGAGAGAUGGACAACGGGAUGAUGCGCUAUAAGCAGAAGACAUGCAUGAAUAGACUUAAUUGGUGUCUUUAUGCAAGUAUAAGGAAACUAACUCAUUCGGCCAACAAAAAACUAAAGCCAACCAUCCACUCAAGCAUGAUCACGCAUUGCAAAAGUUUGUGUCUGCGCAUGUAUCACCGGCCUUUUAGAUUUAUAAACAGUCCCCCCACAAUAUCAGCAGGAACAAUCAGAAGGAACAGUAAGACAUCAUCGACGUAGUACUCCAAAGACACAGAGUGUCAACUCGAAGGCCGAUUGAGGUAAAGCAACGUGCAAUAACACACAAUUGUAGUGACAACAUUGGCCAAUAGGGGGUGCUCUUGUCCAGCAAAAGCAACAAACGUAUUCACAUCCAGAUUUUUGAAGAUUACAGUACUGUAUUUAUAUUUCAGGUUUAAAUAUCUGUGUAGUCUGCUAAAGUUCAGACAAACCAGUCUCAACUACAAUCAAAAUUUAUUCAAAUCGGCAAGCAAGUGUGAUGGGGUAAAUUAGAGGUGGGCAAAAUACGGCCCGUGGGCCGGAUCCGGCCCAUUGGUCUUUUUAAUCCGGCCCGCCAAAGGUUGGUACACAAUUAAGGUUCGAUGUGAAUGAUUGAAUUCAUUUCAUGUGGACUUGUAAUCAAACUAAUGCAUUUAGACUCUAAAUGCAUUCGUUUGAGUUGGCUGGACCACAAUGUUUGUCUCUUGUGGCCUUUGAGGAAGCCAUCAGUUCAAUGUCAAUUGUCAAGAGUUGCUGGCAAAGUGUCCUUGUGCUAUUAAGUGAACGUUUAAGUUUGUGUGGGUUUCAGUAUAUCAUAAGACUCCAUGAAGUGUAUUUGAAUUAUGAUAAUGAAAGAAGAGCCAUUGCUGACUUUGUUGCAGCGUUGUUGAAAAAGAAAAAAAAAGAGGAUGAGGGGGCAAUUUUCUUUGGAACAGAAAUGUUUGAUCUUUGCCCAAACUCCAAGAGUAUCAUUUCGUGUUUCAUUUCAAAACAGAAAUGAACAAAACGUGCCAAACCUCAUGAAUUGUAUAUGCAAAAAUAGCUGUUUAUGUGCGCAAGGUACAUGAAAGUGUUUGUAUUGUGAUGUCAUAGUUGUGUCUGAGAAUGUGACGACUAUGACUUGUUUUGCCAACGGUCUUUAUUUCAACUGCUGUAACAGGUAUUCGCAUUCAGUCAACUGCUACUUUGCGACACUGCUGUAACAUUGUGUAGCAGUAUCAUAUACGACCAUAUACAGUACUACAAUAGUGAGUGUAAAAGUGUCUUGAGGUUCAGAAACUUGUCUCGGAAACCUAGAUUGCAUUGUCAACCGGGAUGUCCCGAUCAUGUUUUUUUCACACGGGUCCGAGUCUUUCGUUUUAACUAUCUGCCGAGACCAAGUCCGUCUACUUAAUUUGGCAACGCAUAAAGAAAAAAAGAACAUGAAUCAGAUUUUCUAAAAUUAAUAGUGAAAUAUACAUACAGAUAUGUAUACAUAUCACUUUGUUGUAUGUUUUUUUAUAAAAAUUUAUAUUAUAUGGUACUUUCCACCAAAUCAGUGCCAAUUGCUUUGUGUAUCAUUCCCCAAAUCAACUCAAACUUGCUCUGUUAGCGUCACUAACUACCCCGCUUCUGAUUAAAACAUAAAAAGUCAGAAACAUGACAUUGUGCAAUGUAAAACCAAACUUUGUUGUGUUGGCACGUUUGGAUUAUUUUGUAGCGUUUUGAUCUUGAACGUUUAAAUAAUAAUAAAAUAAAUGAAUAAACGAU